AGAAGUGAACAGUCUUUCAGCCGGCUUCUAGCAUACUUUGCUGUGAUGUAAUGUUAGGAUCCGCUAGGCAAGGCUGAUUCGGACCAAUGAAGAAGGGCAAGGGGCUGGCUGGCCUGUUCUUACGCUCCACCCUCAGACAUAGCCAGAGCAAAGUUUCAUUAAUAGGAGUGAGGGAAGCAAAUAUGGCUGCUCGUUGGUGGCUUUGGUGUGUCUCUGCGACUGCGGUAGUGGCACUGCUGCUCAUUUACAGAGUUCCCUUGGCCUCUGCCCAAAGGAAAAAGGAGAUGGUGUUAUCUGAAAAGGUUAGUCAGCUGAUGGAAUGGACUAGUAAAAGGCCUGUAAUAAGAAUGAAUGGAGACAAGUUUCGUCGCCUUGUUAAAGCCCCACCAAGAAACUACUCCGUUAUAGUCAUGUUCACUGCUCUCCAACUUCAUAGACAGUGUUUCGUAUGCAAGCAAGCUGAUGAAGAAUUCCAGAUCCUGGCUAACUCCUGGCGAUAUUCCAGUGCAUUUACCAACAAGAUAUUUUUUGCUAUGGUUGAUUUUGAUGAGGGCUCUGAUGUAUUUCAGAUGCUAAACAUGAAUUCAGCUCCAACUUUCAUCAACUUUCCUGCAAAAGGGAAACCCAAACGGGGUGAUACAUAUGAGUUGCAAGUGCGGGGUUAUUCAGCUGAGCAGAUUGCCCGAUGGAUAGCUGACAGAACUGAUGUCAAUAUUAGAGUAAUUAGACCUCCAAAUUAUGCUGGUUCCCUUAUGCUGGGAUUGCUUUUGGCUGUAAUUGGUGGACUUGUGUAUCUUCGAAGAAGCAAUAUGGAAUUUCUCUCUAAUAAAACUGGAUGGGCUUUUGCGGCUUUGUGUUUUGUGCUUGCUAUGACAUCUGGUCAAAUGUGGAAUCAUAUAAGAGGACCACCAUAUGCUCAUAAGAAUCCACACACAGGACAUGUGAAUUAUGUCCAUGGAAGCAGCCAGGCCCAGUUUGUAGCUGAAACACACAUUGUUCUUCUGUUUAAUGGUGGAGUUACCUUAGGGAUGGUACUUUUGUGUGAAGCUGCUACCUCUGGCAUGGAUAUUGGAAAGCGAAAGAUAAUGUGCAUAGCUGGUGUUGGACUCGUUGUUUUAUUCUUCAGUUGGAUGCUGUCUAUCUUCAGGUCUAAAUAUCAUGGAUAUCCAUAUAGCUUUCUGAUGAAUUAA